AUGAGUAUACCAAUCCAUACCACGAGAAGGGUUUCUCUUCCUUGCGGUGAUAUCAUUGUCACCGCCGGGACUGAGGACCAUCGUGCUGUCUUACCACCAAAUGUUUCUUCUCUCAAGAUUCUCGGUAGCGUGAGUGACUACUACCAAAUGGCUGCGUACCAGUCAAACGGAAGGUCAUCGAUCCUUGACGGCAAGCCCUUCUUUACCUUUGGUGAGACGAUCCAGAAAGGCCACAAUGGCGAGUUUAUAGGUGUGAUUCCAAACACCAGUGCUCCUGUCGUUUAUAGGGAAGCGAACCCGAUCGAAGUCACACACAUGCCAGAGGGAGUCCCAGCUCCGCUGGUCGAAUUAACCGAUACGGAGAGAAGUUUCGAGCGCGAGUCAGGCUACAACAUUAUACUCCAGCCAGAGGGAGGGAUCUGCGAGGCGACGCCACCUGGCCACGGCUGGACAUGGUAUAAGAAGUAUAUCGAGCAGCAGAAUAUUGACGGGACCAUGACGAGAAUCUAUUAUGGAACCGGAAUUGCCCCAGUGAAGAUUGAACAGACGACAGGGCAGCUGGUCAGUAGACGAGUUGUUCAUGGGCAGUUGCUUUUCGAUCGCCAGCAGCCGGGAUUUGGAACCUUCUGCGCAGUCCGAGACGGCACUUGGUACUAUCUUUGGGGCCAACUCGGAGAGCAUAUAUACCUUGCUCGUGUUGGGAUUUGGUACGCGAUCCAACGUGAACUAUACGAAUUCUGGAACGGAUAUACGUUCACGCACGACAUGGAUGCGAUGGUCCCCGUGCUUGCCGGCUAUUCAAGUGGCUCGUUCUUUCGCACAGACCUUUUCGGACAUCGAUACAGCUGGGCUUCAUCGGAACGGUUCCCUCGCAAAAGCCUAGCAUUUUUGUCGGCUGCGGAGGCUGUUAUUGGGGCGAACUUGCAAUUUGAUAUGCUGCACCAAGGCGGGUUCUGGAAGGACAUAUGUUUGAGCGAGUUGCCAGCUGUCUUGUUGGGGCGAGUCCGAAGCCGAACUGCCUUGAUUGAAGCAAUGGCCCAACUCGCAGAAGUGCAUCAGAUGGCAAACGAUGGUGGAAUCACCAUCAGGCUCGUGGGCACAACUCGGGAGUCGCUCGACCAAGCGACCAAGAACAUCCGCGAGCUCAUCGUCAACUUGUACAGGGAGCUUCGCAAGGAAGAAGGGUUCAACGCACGAGAUAUGGGAUUUGAAAGGCGUUCAUUGGGGUUCAAUUUUCGCAGACGGGCCAGGGACGCAAUGAGGAGAGUCUUCCGUCGGUCUGCACGUCGAUACGAUGAGGAAGACUACUAG